CGUUAUCAAUUUAUAUAGCGACGGAAGACAAACCACAUCACUACUACCUGAGACACAACACAUAAUAUAUAACUUGCUGUUAUACAUGCCAGGCCCCGCAUAUUGGAGCUUCUGACGACUACCAUUACUCAUUACCCAAAUCAAUUCAAGUCACCGAUCUAAUCACUAAGUAGUAUUCAAAGAAAUACUAUCCACUACUACUUUUUUUUUUUCUAACUUGGACCUGUCACGCAACCAACCAACCAACCAACCAACCAACAUCAUGAACGUUGAGCAGGUCGAUCUUUCCCGCGGUUGGCCCAACCCCGCCUUGCUGCCCACGACGGCCUUGGCUGAGGCCUCUGCGAAAGUGUUGGCCACCCCGGCCAUUUGGACACCGGCCUUGAUGUAUGGCCCUGAUGAAGGGUACCAGCCGUUGCGCGAACACAUCGCUCGCUGGCUAACGACGUUCUACCAGCCACGCGACCGCAUCACUCCCGAACGCAUUUGCAUCACGGGUGGCGCCAGUCAGAAUGUAGCCUGUAUCCUGCAGGUCUUUACUGAUCCUGUCUACACACGCAAUGUUUGGAUGGUUGCACCCGCCUAUCAUCUAUCCUUUCGCAUCUUCGAUGAUUCCGGGUUCACUAGUCGCCUGAGGGCCGUUCCCCAGAGUGAUGCGGGGUUGGAUUUGGCCUAUCUCCGACAGGAGCUGCUUAUUGCCGAGGAGCGGGCAAGGAGGGAAAAUAAUAACGCACCGAACUACAAACCUACUAGGCCAUGGGGUAAAGUCUACAAGCAUGUCAUCUAUGCUACCCCGACCUUCUCCAACCCGUCGACGCUCACCAUGUCCUUGCCUGAUCGGGAGAAUCUGGUUCGUCUUGCGCGAGAAUUUGAUGCCUUGAUCAUCGCCGAUGAUGUCUAUGACUUCCUUCAGUGGUCACCCGACCCAGCCAAGACAUUACCGCAGCCCAACAGGGCGCAUCUACCCCGUCUGGUGGAUGUGGACCGCUAUCUGGAUGGGGGACCCGGGGAUGACUGGGGUAAUGUGGUGAGCAAUGGAAGUUUCAGCAAGCUGAUCGGACCCGGAAUGCGGACAGGUUGGGCGGAGGCUACCGAGAAGGUAGCGUAUGGUCUGUCACAAGCAGGCUCAAGUCGAUCCGGAGGCGCACCGUCGCAUAUGUGCGCCGCCAUCAUUGCGCAGCUGUUCCCCACGGGGAUUGUACAAGACUUCAUUGGCGAUGUUCUGCAACCGGCGUACGCCCGCCGCUAUCACCGGAUGAUGUCUUCCAUACGUGAGCAUCUUGUUCCCCUCGGCGUGGGGCUCCCUCCAGUUCCCGAUGUGGCAGGGGGGUAUUUUAUUUGGCUCCGGCUCCCACACCCAUUACGGUCAAGCGAGCUUGUACCCAUCGCACUGCACGAACAGAAUUUGAUCAUAGCAUCUGGUAAUGUCUUUCGGAUAGAUGGAGAUGCGGCAGGAGACAAGAACGAUUUUGACGACGGUAUGCGCCUCUGUUUCGCAUGGGAGCAGGAGGAUAAGCUCGAAGAGGGGGUGCGUCGACUUGCAUCGGUCAUUCGUGAAGCUCUCAAGUAAACCAAAUGCUGGCGGCCGCUGCGCUGAUGGCUACCAAGGGUGGACGGGCGGAUCGGACCGCCUAGGACCUUGGUCUGGAAGAACUGUAGUAUGUUGUUGAUAUGGACGAACCACACACCCCAUUACAGGAUAGUCAUUCGGUGCCGAAAGGUUGAUAGCUCGUCACGCCCCAGAUUAUCUCUCCUUGGCGCAAGAUGAGAAAGAAUGGCCUGGGGUCGAGUGAUGCGGACGGAGGCGGUG